AUGCCGAACACAUCCGAAGGUAACCGAGUGGUCGUAGCCACGAGUUCAGUUGUUUGCGCCGAAGGACGACUGCUGCGGUCUCUACCGGCGGACUUCAUAAACGCUGUGAGGCUUCCCCGCAACGCACAGGCCGCUACCACCUUCGCCGGGGCAGCUGCGAUCGUCAGCGGCUUCGGAAGAAUCAACAGCGCUAACAACUUUAUCUCAUCCAACCUGCUGUUCGCCGAAGUGCAGGUCAUUGCGAACACCGUGUGCGCCAGCACUUUCGGCGCCGCCAUUCAAGCCACCAACAUCUGCAGCAUCGGCACCAACGGAAGGAGCCCUUGCAACGGCGACAGCGGCGGUCCCCUGGUCGUGAGGGAGGCUGACGGGCUGUUCACUCUGGUGGGAGCCGUGUCCUUCGGCAUCCAGAACUGCCCGGCCAACUCCCCGGCAUCGUACGUGCGCACCAGCCGCUACCUCGCCUGGAUCUCGUCCGCCACCGGCAUCGCCAUCCGCGCCUGAGG